AUGAACCGGGCACUCAGCAUGAGGGAGGAGGAGGAGGAGGCUUUGGGAGGCUCAUUGGAGGAGGCGGUGGUAGCGGCAGUUCUGGUGGUGGUGGAGGUUUUGGCAGCAGGAGCCUCUACAACCUUGGUGGUAGCAAGAGGAUUUCCAUCGGGGUUGGAAGCAGCUUCCGAGCUGCUUUUGGAAGUGGAGCUGCUGGUGGCUCUGGCCUGGGGGGUGGCUUUGGGCUUGGAAGUGGUGGAGCUGGUGGUGGCCUUGGGCUGGGGCUUGGUGGUGGAGGAGGUGGGUUUGGUGGUGGUGGAGCUGGUGGUGGCCUUGGGCUGGGGCUUGGUGGUGGAGGUGGUGGACUUGGCUUUGGUGGAGGUGCUGGUGGGCUUGGCUAUGGUGGUGGUCACGGAGGUGGUGGAGGGGCUGGGAGGUGGCAGGAACCCCAUGGGAUUUUCUGGGGGCCCUCCUGGAGUGGGUACAAUCCAAGAAGUGACUGUAAACCAGAGCCUCCUGGCACCGCUGAACCUGGAGAUAGAUCCAAACAUCCAACAGGUGCGGAAAGAUGAGAAGGAGCAGAUCAAGACCCUCAACAACAAAUUUGCUUCUUUCAUUGACAAGGUUCGCUUCCUGGAGCAGCAGAACAAGGUGCUGGAGACCAAAUGGACCCUUCUGCAGGAGCAGGGCCAAAAAAACAAUUCUGGCAAGAGCAACCUGGACCCGCUGUUCGAGGCCUACAUCAACAACCUGCGGCGGCAGCUGGCCAACCUGCUCAAUGAGCGGGGACGCAUGGAUGGGGAGCUGAAGAACAUGCAGGACCUCGUGGAGGACUUCAAAAACAAAUAUGAAGAGGAAAUCAACCGGCGCACGGCAGCAGAGAACGAAUUUGUGGUGCUCAAGAAGGACGUGGAUGCUGCUUACAUGAACAAGGUGGAGCUGGAGGCCAAGGUGGAUGCCCUGAGUGAUGAACUCAACUUCCUUCGAGCUCUCUAUGAGGCGGAGCUGGCCCAGCUCAGCACCCAAGUGUCUGACACCGCUGUCAUCCUGUCCAUGGACAACAACCGGGACCUGGACCUGAGCAGCAUCAUUGCCGAAGUCAAAGCUCAGUACGAGGACAUCGCCAACCGCAGCCGCGCCGAGGCCGAGGCUUGGUACCAAACCAAGUUUGAGGAGCUGCAGGCCACGGCUGGGAAACACGGUGAUGACCUGCGCAACACGAAGGGUGAAAUCUCAGAGCUCAACCGGCUCAUCCAGAGGAUCCGCUCCGAGAUAGAGAACACGAGGAACCAGACAGCCAUCGGAGACUCAGAGGAGCGCGGGGAGAUGGCCCUCAAGGACGCCAAGGCAAAGAUGAUUGACCUGGAAGACGCCCUGCAGAAAGCCAAGGCUGACAUGGCCCGGCAGCUCCGGGAGUACCAGGAGCUCAUGAACAUCAAGCUGGCCCUGGACAUUGAGAUCGCAACCUACAGGAAGCUGCUGGAGGGCGAGGAGAGCAGGCUCAGUGGGGAGGGACUGAACCCCAUCAGCUACUCAGUCAUCAGCUCCAGCUCCGGCAUUGCUGGUGGAGCUGGCUUAGGAGGAGGAUUUGGUGGACUGAGCCUGAGUGGAGGAGGCGGCGGAAGUGGUUUUGGCCUUGGAGGAGUUUUGGUCUUGGAGCUGGCGGUGGAGGAGGAGGAGGAAGCUACAGUUUUGGAAGUGGAGGAGGACUCGGACUUGGGGCUGGAGGUGGUCUUGGAGGUGGAUUUGGAGGAGGGAGUGGUCUGGGCACUGCUGGCAGCUACAGCCAUGCCGGGGGUGGCAGCAGCGCUCUGA